GGUAAACCUGGAAAAGAAGGUGCCCCUGGUCCACCUGGCUUACCGGGACAAAAGGGUGAACAGGGCAAACCAGGACCGGCUGGCAGGCAAGGAGCUAAGGUAUUGUCUAAUGGUUUUGUUGUUGCUUUUGAGGAUGAGGAUAAGGGGGUGAAAGGAAACACUGGUCCACCUGGAGCUUGUGGUCGAACAGAGUAUUAUGAUAGUGUAGUUGGUGAAAAAGGAGAUGAAGGACCCCCUGGACCUCCAGGACCAAAAGGUCAACAUGGCAUGCCUGGGCCACAGGGUCCUCCUGGAGAUGCUGGUAGACCAGGUGUGUCAAGACCUGGUCUGAGAGGUCCCCCGGGAUUUCCUGGACCAAAAGGAACAAAAGGAGAGAAAGGACAAACUGGCUUGUGUAUUCUUGGCCCUCCAGGACCACCUGGUAUUACUGGCAUGCCUGGUUCUGUUGGAUUACCAGGUCCUCCAGGGGAACCAGGCAGAGUAACAUUUAGAACAGGCCUACCAGGACUUCCUGGAGAGCCAGGGUGUACAGGACCUUCAGGACCUCCAGGAGAUACUGGCAUGAAAGGCAGAGAAGGAACAACAGGUCCAAAAGGUUCUCCAGGUUCUCCAGGAGCGCCAGGAUUUCCAGGAGCUCAAGGACCUCCAGGUUUUACAGGAGAUCAAGGCCAUAAAGGAUCAAAAGGUGAGCAAGGAUAUGUGUAUCCAGAAGGGCCAAAAGGUGAGCGAGGAGAUCCAGGGGCCAGGGGAGACAAAGGAAGAAAAGGUUCAAGUGGAUUUCUGGGAAGACCUGGCGCUAAAGGAUCCAAGGGUUCUAAAGGUGAAGAGGGAUUGGCUGGUUUGAAAGGAGAUAGAGGACUACCUGGGUUGCCCGGCAGUCUUGGGCUUCCUGGAGAGAUGGGGCUUCCUGGACUGCCAGGAUACGGACCACAAGGAAUAAGAGGUUUCAAAGGCUCCAAAGGAAUACCUGGUCCACCUGGAUUACCUGGAGAAGCUGGUCUGAAAGGAGAGACCAGUAGGAUAACCCCAUUACCUGCAUUACCAGGACCUCAAGGACCAGAUGGUUUACCUGGACCCCCAGGAGUGCCUGGUAGGGUUGGAACAAGAGGUCAGCCAGGUGAUUCAGGACAUCCAGGGCCAACAGGUGACACAGGCUUUCCAGGGCUUGGGUUUCCUGGAAACCCAGGUCCAAAAGGAUAUAAAGGACUUGCAGGAGGCAGAGGGUCACCAGGUUGUGAAGGAAAGACUGGAGAUCCAGGCCGAGCUGGAAACCUCGGCCAACCAGGAGAAAAGGGUGACCCAGGCAUGGUUAUUCCUGGCGAGGCAGAGAUCGUGGCUCACCUGGAGAUCCUGGAGAUCCAGGUUUUCCAGGGAAACCUGCUGAAUGUCUUAUUGGCCUACCAGGUUUGCCAGGUGGCCAGGGAGCUACAGGCCCACCAGGUAGGACCUUCUGAAUUAAGAGGAAGAGGUUCACAAGGUUCAAAAGGAAAACUAGGUCCUCCUGGCUUGAGUAUUCCAGGAAUCUACGGAAAGCCUGGAGAACCUGGAUCAGUAGGUCUUCAGGGAAAUACAGGAUUACCUGGUCCCAAGGGACAGUCUGGAAGGCCAGGAAUCUCUGGUGUGCCAGGCUCAAGGGGAGAGCCGGGUAAAAUGGGCCUGUUAGGAAUUCCUGGACCCCCUGGUAUGGUUGGAAGACCAGGCAGCCCAGGCAUCAGAGGUUCUUCUGGCUUGCCAGGACUAAAGGGAAGAAAAGGGUUUCUUGGAGCAAAUGGUGAACCAGGUGAUAAAGGUUUUCCUGGACCGUCUGAGACCUUGGUUCGUAUUGGGAAUAAAGGAGAACGAGGCUUAAAAGGAGUUCAAGGAAGAAGGGGUCUAAGAGGAGAAAAAGGAGAUGCUGGUGUGCAAGGUCUCCCAGGUCUCGAUGGGUCUGAAGGAAUGCCUGGUAUACCAGGUGUCAAAGGAUUUAUGGGUCUUCCAGGGAUUCCUGGAGGACAUGGAUUCCCAGGUACACCAGGAAACAAAGGGGACAUGGGAAUUCCAGGUCCAAAAGGACAGAAAGGAUCUCCAGGCUUUCCAGGACCACCAGGUGACCCUGGUCCACCAGGCUAUGGUGGCUUUCCAGGUGACAAAGGAGAUCCUGGGUACCCAUCUGCUGGGCCUCCAGGAGAACCUGGUCCAAAGGGAGAUCCAGGCCUCCCAGGAGUUCUAGGCAACAAAGGAGAAAAAGGAUCCCAAGGACAUCCAGGACUUAAAGGAGUACCAGGACAACAGGGCAUCAGAGGGGAAGCUGGAGGUGCAGGAAUCCCAGGGAAGCUUGGACCUCGUGGACAUACUGGUGUUAAAGGACAGCAGGGCUGCCCAGGACAACAGGGCAUUACAGGCCCUCCUGGUGCUGUUGGAGACCCUGGAAGAAAUGGACUUGGUGGUGAAAGAGGUAAUCAAGGUCAGGAUGGUAUGCCUGGUCCCCCAGGAGCAAAGGGAGAACCAGGAGCUCCAGGGAGAGGAAUUCCUGGCCUUCGAGGUAUUCCUGGUCGUAGAGGAAUCAAAGGGGACAUGGGACUCCCUGGUUUUCCUGGGCCACCAGGUAUGAAAGGUCAUCAGGGUGAUCAAGGACCCGUUGGACCUCCUGGCUUAAUGGGGUUACCUGGAUUUCAAGGUGCAACAGGCAUGGCAAUUAAUGGUCAAAAAGGGAACAGAGGUAUUGCUGGUGCAGAUGGAAGACCAGGUCCUCCUGGUUUUCCAGGGCCUCCUGGUCUUCCCACUCCCAGCAUGAAAGGAAGCAAAGGUGUUAGAGGGGCAAAUGGCAUACCAGGGCAAACAGGCCCAGCCGGUGACGUUGGUCCUCCCGGACCAAAGGGAGUGGAAGGUCGAUCAGGUUAUCCUGGUGCUAGAGGGGACCCUGGAUUUCUUGGAUUCCCAGGUGUAAAAGGAGAAAAGGGUAAUCAGGGACCCCCUGGACCACAAGGUGCAGAAGGACCAAGGGGACCAAAGGGUCCACCUGGAGUUCCUGGGAGAAUAUUCUCUGUCCCAGGAAGCAAGGGUCCUCCAGGACUGCCAGGAAUCCCAGGAAGACCAGGUGAUCAAGGAAUUCAAGGGAUUCCUGGACUACAAGGACCUAAAGGAAUAAAAGGUCUACCAGGAAGUUUUGGUCAUCCAGGUCAACCAGGACUGCCUGGUCCGAAAGGAGACAGAGGAUUUCCAGGACAAAGAGGACAACCUGGGCUGAUUGGCUUUCCAGGUCUACAGGGGUUACCUGGAUCACCAGGUACUAUCAUUGCUGGCUCAACAAGAAGAGGUUUUAUCUUUACCCGGCAUAGUCAAUCAACAAAGAUUCCUUCAUGCCCAUAUGGGACAUCACAGAUCUAUGUUGGCUAUUCGCUGCUUUUUGUACAAGGAAAUGAACGAGCACAUGGACAAGAUCUUGGAACAGCUGGUAGCUGCUUGCAGAGAUUUACCACCAUGCCUUUCUUAUUCUGUAACACCAAUGAUGUCUGUAGUUUUGCUUCUCGUAAUGACUAUUCAUACUGGCUGUCAACUGCAGCAGUAAUGCCAGUAGACAUGGCACCAAUUUCUGGCAGGGCUCUAGAGCCACAUAUAAGCAGGUGUGUUGUCUGUGAAGGAGCUGCAAUGGUAAUAGCAGUUCACAGCCAAACGACUGUAGUUCCUCCAUGUCCAGAAGGCUGGAUCUCUCUCUGGAAGGGUUUUUCUUUUGUUAUGUAUACAAGUGCCGGCUCAGAAGCUUCUGGCCAAGCACUGGCAUCUCCUGGAUCUUGCUUGGAAGAAUUCAGAGCCAUCCCAUUCAUCGAGUGCCAUGGCAGGGGGACAUGCAACUACUACACAAAUUCCUACAGCUUCUGGUUGGCAUCAUUAAAUCUAAGAAGAAUGUUCAGGAGACCUCUGCCACAGACUUUGAAAGCAGGAGGACUAGAAAAUAUCAUCAGCCGUUGUCAGGUCUGCAUGAAGAGACCAGUCUAA